CAAAGAAAGCUGGCAACCUCUUGUGCUGGCAGGGAACAGUAGUUGGUAUCUCCACCUCAGUCCACAUUUUCCUGACUGCAGUAACUUAUUGGGUUGAUCGAAUAAUCCUGGUCUGCAAAAUAAGGACUGAAUGGAUUAUCCUGACGAGACUGUUAAUGAAGCUGAAGCAACGUUCCUCUCAAACUGGAUUUGGGUUCAGUGUGAGUCACCAAGUUGUCUGAAAUGGAGGCACAUUUCAAAACAUCAUACAUUGGACCUGGAUGAGCCAUGGUUCUGCCACAUGAACCCUGACCCGUGUUUCAGCCAAUGUAUCGUACCUCAGGCUACAAACUACAAGGACUCCAUCCUCAGACAAAAGGGCCUCAAGGUCAUCUACUCCAAAAUACCUGUUGGAAGCUUGGUUCUGGUAAAAGCCAGUAAGUGGCCAUUGUGGCCAGCAAUACUGAGCGCUGACCCUUCCUGUGAGCAGUAUGCGACGUACGAUGAAGAUGGGGAUGUGGUGCAGUACCAUGUGGAAUUCCUCGGAACUCCACACUCCAGAUUUUGGGCGCUAGCACCCAAAGUAGAGCCCUUCCGUCCACUACCAGCUAACGCCAAAUGUUUGAAGGGUACCUUAAAGGUAUCCUAUAAAAUUGCUAUGGAGGAAGCAAUGGACAUUCAACACAUGACUUGUGAAGAGAGGCUCCAGUUGUGCCACUUUAAGCCAGAAGAGUUACUUUUCCAGGCCAAAGGAUUAAUGCAGUCAAUAGAGAAGAUGAUAACAGAAUGCACUGUGGAGACCAAAUCAAAGCACAAUAACACCACCAAGAGGCAUGGCAAGAUGAAAGUUAAUCGGGAAACAAGUGGCAAGAGCAUUGCGGAGUUUGGUGACACUUCAUUCAUUGAGGGAUUCAGAUUUGAGAGUGCAGCUUCUGUGGAGGAAUUAAGACAGCUGAAUGAAAGAGAUCUGAGUAAAGAGCUAUUUGCCCGUUAUUGAAAACCAGUCUUGAUUUAAAUGUAAUUUAAUCUUAAUGUCAGUCUUGUUUGAAAUGUUUUAAUACUCAUGUUAAAGUAUCUGAGUUGACUGCAUUUCUGUGAUGCUCAAUAUUUAAAUCCAAGUCAAACAGUUUCAAUCUAAAUUAAAUGUAGUUGUUUUAUAUGUUUUACAGCAGUGUCUUCUUUCAAAGUCUAACUUACUGUAUUUGUCAUUAAAUGGCACAUUGUUAUACUUUA